AUGCACUACGCAAUGCUCCUCUUCCCCGGCUUCGAAGCCCUCGACGUCUUCGGCCCCCUAGAAGUCCUCAACGUGCUUUCCGAGCGCACCAAGCUCCACCUCUCCCUCCUCUCCACAACCCUGGACCCUGUCUCUACCAAAUCCCCUGACCCAGCAGCCCAUCGUAUCGGGUCCGUCUGCGCACAGGAAGUAGUCCCCACCAACACAUUGACAGACAUCCUCACCGCCGUCCACGCGGGUCAAACAAGCAUCGACGUCCUCCUCGUCCCCGGCGGGGCAGGAACACGGUUCCCCGAGAUCAUCAACCCCGUGAUUGAGUUCGUGCGCGGCAUCUCCCCGUCCGUGGCCCAUGUGAUUUCCAUCUGCAACGGGGCGGGUGUGGUAGCGCGGGCCGGGGUGUUGGAUGGGAAACGGGCGACGACGAAUAAGAUGCUGUGGACGAAGACGACUGCGCUGCGGAGCGAGGUGGAGUGGGUGAAGGAGGCGCGCUGGGUGAGGGACGGGGAGGUGUGGACUUCGUCGGGGGUGAGUGCGGGUAUUGAUGUGGCGUUGGCGUUUGUGAGGGAGGUGUAUGGGAGAAAUGUGGCGGGGGGGAUUGCGAGGGAGAUUGAGUAUGUUUGGGAUGAGGAGGAUGAUGGGACGAGGGAUCUGUUUGCUUCGCACGCUGUGUAG